CGUGGCUUGAUGGUGGGCCAACGAUUGGGACUCUGCUACCAUUUAGCAACCGAAAAACAUGCUCCAAAGUGAGAAUGGCAUCCGUUCCGUUGUCACCGCUUCCACAGCGCGCAAUGAAGAAUCCACUCAGCUCUUCUCUCUCGCUUACGCAAGACUCGACGCGUGAUGCCGACACUGGCGGCGGGGCUUUUCGGAUGAAUGGCUCACUAGAAGCGUCCCGCUGUGUCGCCCGCCUCGCUCCCUUUCACUGCACUCUUGCCCCUUUUUCGCCCUCACUGACAAAAGCAUUGUUGGGAGUUGCACUACCUGUGCAUUCGCACGGUCCUCGCGUCGGGAAUCACAAUGCAAUCCUGAAAACGCUUCACACUACCCGCAACAAUUGGCCAAAUAGGAUUUUUACUUGACACUGUACAAAUAAUGGAAUUUAUACCGCACAGCGUUUGGAGGUAGAAAUGACCACACUCUUGUGGGGUUUUUUUUUUUGUUGUCACUUAGUGAUGUUAGCGACAGUAUGAUGUUGAGUGUCAUUAAAACAAAAAUCGAAAAUUCCAACGUUCUUUUUUUUUCAGUUACUCUGUGCGUGUGUAUCCAAUUUCAGUGUGCAGGGAAGUUUCUCUACUUUUUGGUUAGAUGUCAUGUGUACGUUACAGGCGUAAAAGUAUGCGAGGGUUAAGUACAGAGUGCGACUGCUUUGCCACCUCCGAUUAAGGGAUUCAAGUGUCAGCAUUGUGACAAACCAUACGUUUAUUCGAUCGUUUGGUGGGCCUAAGUAACGUUCUGUGCGUCAGGUGUUGGUGCAAACGUGACACGAGCGUGGUCCUGGCCACCCCCCGCCUCCAGCAAACCGGGGGCGUGAACGUCGGGGACUGUUUCGGUUGUCCAUCGGGCUGACGGAGCGGCUUCAUUUCUUCUCCCCCCUGUGGCGAAAGUCAUCAUUGCAUGCGAGUCGGCGACCGGUCCGGGCAAGGUUAGUCAUUAACUUGGCCUUUCCAGCCACUUCUGGGGAACCAAGGGCCGGCUCGUCGCCGCGUCGAGGCAUGCUGCCGCCCGGUGCUCACAUCUUACCAUGGCUGACCGCGACCGUUGCCCACCGGAGAGCGCCUUAGUCGCGCCCGAUCACGUCACGGUGGCGUUCCACAAAGUUGCCAGUCAUGGCGAAAAUCGCGGCGGCGACGGCGGCCGCUGGUGCGGGGACUGCGAGCCGACGAAGGAGGCGACUCGCUCGCGAGCGUGGCGGGACCUCGACGGCGAUGCUGAAGAGGACGCGGCCGCUUGUAAGUCGCCGGAGGACGGCGAGAGGGAGACGCUGUGCCCGUCGCCGGCGGCGCGCGUCACCACGAAGCCAGCAUCCGCCGACCGGAGCGCCAGCCAAGGGAAACAAAAGCGGUUUCCGGGCCUCGGCUUGUUCUACGCCUUUUUGUCCACCGUCUUCUUUUCCAUCAUCUCACUCUUGGUGAAGACCAUCCAGGGAGUGCACGCCAUCGAGAUCAGCGGCAUCCGCUGCUUCUUCCAGAUGCUCUUCAUCGUGCCCUUGCUCAUUUACCACAAGACAGGCUUCCUGGGCCCCCGGGACAAACGUCCAUAUCUGAUGCUGCGGGGCUUCCUGGGCUCCAACGCCAUGAUCCUGCUCUUCUACGCCGUGCAGCAGAUGCCGCUGGCCGACGCCACCGUCAUCAUGUUCAGUAAUCCGGUGUUCACCUCGCUGCUGGCCUGGGUCUUCCUGAAGGAAAAGUGUACAAUGUGGGACUGCGCGUUCACCGUCUUCACCUUGACCGGGGUCAUCCUCAUCGCCCGGCCGCCGUUCCUCUUUGGGCAACGCAUCCAAGGCAUUGAGGGAAACUACACAAACCACAUCAAGGGCACCAUCGCCGCUUUUGCGGGAGCGAUCGGGGCCGCGUGCACCAUGGUUGUCCUGCGCAAGAUCGGGAAGAGCGUCCACUACUACCUCUCGGUGUGGUAUUACGCCGUGAUCGGCUUCGUCGAGUGCGUCAUCACCGUCAGCAUCCUCGGGGAGUGGAAAAUCCCCUCGUGCGGCCAAGACCGCUGGAUGCUGAUGCUGAUCGCCGUGCUGGGCAUCGCCGGCCAAAGCUUCCUGACCAAAGCCCUGCAGCUGGAGAAGGCCGGCCCCGUGGCCCUGACCAGGACGGUGGACGUGGUGCUGGCCUUUUUCUUCCAGUUCGUUUUCUUGGGCCGCGCGCCCAGCUGGUGGAGCCUCGGGGGGGCCCUGUGCAUCGUGUUGAGCACCAGCGGCGUGGCCUUGCGCAAGUGGUACAUCAACUCACGCAAGAGCUGAAAGCAAGUAUUCUCCCUCUCAUUGCUAUUUAUUGCUUUUCGGUCUCACUCGCUACUCUUUGUCUUGAUUUCUCCUGUACCCUAUUUGUCAUGAACAGCAAACCUCAUUGAACCAAAAGCCGAGUCGAACCACAUAAAAAUUUAAACCCAGUCCCGUUAAAAAAAAAAAAAAAAAGACUCCAAAGGUGACACAUCACACUUCGGGCUCCUAACUGAUGUGGUCUCGUUCUGUACGGUAUCGGAGAAUUUCGUACUUUGGUAUCGGCGCAUGCCUAAUUUAACUAACCAUUGAAAAACGUGACGAACCUGAAAUAGGGAAGGUUCGAGCUGCUUAGAGCAACACAUUGGCUUUGAACAUGAAAACAGAAACCCAAAUGAAACGUCAUUCAGAACAGAGCCAGACUUUAGGAGGGCAACGGUUACUGAUUUGGAUUGUGUUGUAACAUGAGUGCUUGCGCGAGACCUCGUUACAGGAAGUUGUCAUUUUCUUGACCUUUCGAAUGAAGCGGAACGGUCUGUACUCUUGCGCACUAUAGUGAAGACUGCCGCUGCUGCCUUGGGUCCUGUGGCGUGAAACGUGUAUUUACACUUAUUUAUUUUCUCUGUUCUUUAUGUGCAAUGCAAAAAAAAGUGAAAAUGUGAGUAGCACCACAGUGAAACUGUUUGAUUAAAGACAGCCUAAGCUCGUCGAGCCUAAAUGAAGUCACUAAAGCCAGCAUUGGGACCAUUCACACUGUGCCCCCCCCC